AAAAAAUGUUCUAUUGUUAACUUCAGACGGUACGGACCGCAGUAUGAGUAUUGGCGGUCAAGUCGUAACGACAUCGUACUCACCGCCAACGAGAUUCGACGACCUUACGCAAUUGUAUUACUCUGCCACCAGAUUGGAUAGCAAACUGCCAUGGAUCAAGCAUUCGCUGCAAUCUCGUGUUUGAAUACCUGGGUACGGAUCUACCCCGCCUAGAGCGAACAGCGCGCUGAGCUCAGAUCUACCUGCGCCUCGUUCUAACGAUGCGAAAGGAGUUGAGGAUGUUGAAGAGAACUUACUAUAAAGAUCAGUUGUGUCCUCCAUUGUUGUCGAGUCUUAUUCCUCAUCACAUCAACCAAACUCUCAAGACAACAACAUCUACUCACCAAUCUCACUCUCACUCUUAAUCUUCACCAACCGAUAUCAAUAUAUCAACCCCCAAACCUUUCAAAAUGCAGACCGUCGCUUUCAUCACCUCCGCCCUCGCUCUCGCCAGCUCGGCCAUGGCUCAAUCGCCUGCCAGCGCUCUCAUUGCCGUCGAGGUCCGCUCCGGCGGUACUCCCCAGAAGAACACCACCGUUGACGUUCCUCUCGGAACUAUCUACAACAACCCUACCGUCUUAGACGCGGUCUCUUACCUUUACCUUACCGGAACCACCGACAGCGCCAAAUUCCCUCUUGACUCUAUUACCUGCACUCCCUUCAAGAACCAAGUUGGUGACGGCGAGCACGGCCUUGCUUUUAACAGCACCAGCCCGUCCCCUCUUUCCACCAACACUGUCCAGGUUGGCAGCAUCGUUUGCAAGUCCUCCGCCGCUUAAGCGGAUUAACAAAAAGCUACAUCGACACCGAUGGGCUUUCGCUUAUGGUAUCGCGUGAGGUGGAAUGUAUAGAAGUGGAUGAAGGGCGCACGCCUAGGGGAGGAUGAUCUUGGUGCAUGAAAGAGAUGGGAGCAUUGGGAGAGUAUAGAUAGAGUUGGUUAUGUGCAUUGUUCUAUUCGCUCCCCCUCAUUUUUCAAUAUAUACGCAUUUUUAUCCAUAACCAUAAAAUGGUCUCAAAGUUGUGCCGAUGUGAAUUGCUACUUGGCUGAGUAAUUGUUAGAAGUGUAAAUGUUGAUGCCUAUCUCGGUUCC